AUGAGCGUCCUCAACAAGCUGCAGUUGCCGAAGCAUGUGGCUAGUCUGAAGGCUAAGGAGGUGCCUGGGUAUGUCAGGGAAACAGUCACGCCGGAGAAGAUUAAGACAGGGUUUCGGAAGUGGAUGGAAGAUUACAGGUUGAAGUACAUAGAGACCGACAGCAUCAAGCCUUUGAAUGAUGUGCUGAUCUAUGGAUUCAUCAUCUCGUAUGCCCUUGCCUGGCCAACAGAGAUCAAGCACAUAAGCCGGUGGACUGAAUUCUUUUGUUGGCCUACAUGCAGAAGAAGUAGCAAGGGCAAAGGCAGCGGGGCACGAGGCACCAGGCCACCAUUGACAAGUUUUGGCGUAAUACCCCCUGCCGAAGCCAUUGGGAGACGUCAAGACUUUGCACUGCAACUCAAAGCUGUCUACACAGUCAAUGAGCGACUUUUAUCAAGUUGA